AGUUGGGGGAAUAAAAAGCGCAAAACAACGAAAUGUAACAGACACUCGUUAAUUGUGAAAGAUCUUGUCUCAUUUUCCAUCGAAUCAAUUGAAAGUAUCACCUUGCGAAUAUCUCACACCGUGAUCGGGCAUUUUAACUCCUCGUAUAAUAUUAUGUACUAAUGGAUGUACACGGAUGAUUGUUCUAUGUGUAACUGUCUAGAAAUUUGUGCCUCUGUGCUCAGAUUUUUUUCACCGCUGGCUCAGUUCUCGCUAACGCUAAUUGUAAGAGGGAAAAACCGGAUUAGCACUGAUAAUCGAGGACCAGACUGAUCACCCUAUACUGCCCCGUUCCAUAAAUCGUACUGUGAUCACCACACGGAUAUGAAAUAUUCGGUUGCGGUGUUCGGUUUUCGGUAAAAUAGACGCUUUUCGAUUAUUCGACAUGGUUCAGACCGAUAGAUGAUACACAAUAGGUGAUAUUCAAAAUAUGAAUCGUACAGCUUGAUAUUAGCCUGUACAGUGUACACUGCCACUCGGCUGUAAGGGAAUUCAUAGUAUAUCAUUGUGAGUGGAUAACAAUAUAUCCGUGAUGUCAUAUUAUAAAUAAUUGUAAUCUGUACAGUGUUAGCGAUCAAGUUGACACCAACGUAGUUCACCGUUCGUCAUUGCUGUGAUGCGGUAACCUUUGUAUUGCAAUUAUCAUAAAUACGCUGAAAAUGUUGGAAGAUACGGUAACCUUUGCAACUGUGUAUGCAGUUUCACUUCGCUCCGUGGUCGAUGGUACUUGGAAUUAGGUACACGCGUAUUACUCGGGGGCCCCUUCGGGGGUCUGAGGCUGAGCCGAUUAAUUAUUCAACUCCAUUGGAAUAGCCAAUCGAUAGCCGCUUCCUCCUCCGUCCGUAGUCCCAACUUUAGAUGCGAUUCAGCCGCAGCAUGGCCGCGCGGAACACCUGGAAACAAUCAUCGUGACGGGAUUUGAAGAAAGGUCAUCGGAACGGCGUAAAUCGCAACGCCGGGGGUUACGCAGCUGGGACUGACGAUUCCAUCGUCCGACGCGACUUAGGAUGUACCGGUCAACCACACUUUAACGUCUCGAUGACCGCAUACUACCCGGACUUUUAUAGCGGAGCAGAAGCCGAUUACUUGGAUGUGCGGGGGAAGAAACUUCGAACGCUACAGAAUCUUCUCGACGGACGUUGCGAUUACGUGACCGUCGCUGUUGACGAUACUCUCGACAUGGCUUACGGAACGCGUCUGUGCGUUACCGAGUUGAAUGAACAUUUCGGUAGGCGCAUACCUUUGCAGGUGAGAGACUAUGGCACGGACCUUCGGGGCGAGGGAUUCUCGAGGUUGGAUAUUUGCGUGAGGAGCGAGGAGGACAGCUACGAUAUAGCCGUCAAUGGAAUAGUCACAGUUUAUGUCCAAUAGCCGCAGUUGCAUCAGGCGCCAGAGCUAAAGAAUAAUUAUAAAUAAAAUUGGUGGUGCUCCAUCGAAUUUCUUAUUA